GUCCCCUAAGGAACUAGUCGGUCUCGUGUGCUGAGUGGUACAAGCCGGCUAGCAUGGAGCUUUGCUGCAAAAAUCGUUCAUAAUAAUUCAGCAACAACAGAAAUAAGAUAGCGAUAUCGGGUAAUCAGGGAUUUGGUGGCUAACAACCACAGGCGCCAAAGUGGGAAAACGGCGGUGGUUUUGGUGCUUGGCUGUGGGGAAGUUCUCUCCUGACCAAAUCCAGUGCCGCUCACACAGAACAUGGCGGAGCACCAUUCCAUCUCAGAGUGCAAGCACAAAGCGUCUUCGAAUGCCGGGGGCUCGCACUCUGGCAAUGGUCGACCGAAUUCCGUGGCUGGAGGUGCUGUCGGAGGCCUCUCUGGUGGACUGACGCAGCCGGCAGGAUGGCAGUCCUUGCUGUCCUUUACCAUACUCUUCCUGGCCUGGUUGGCAGGAUUCAGUUCAAGGCUCUUUGCAGUAAUACGCUUCGAGAGCAUCAUCCACGAGUUUGACCCUUGGUUUAACUACAGAUCCACGCAUCACCUCACCUCCAAUGGCUUCUAUGAGUUCCUCAACUGGUUUGAUGAGCGAGCCUGGUACCCACUGGGCAGAAUAGUUGGGGGCACGGUGUACCCAGGUCUGAUGGUGACGGCGGGUCUGAUCCACUACGUGCUGAACCUGCUGCACCUGACGGUGCACAUCCGCGACGUGUGCGUGUUCCUGGCGCCCAUCUUCAGCGGCCUGACGUCCAUCUCCACCUUCCUGCUGACGCGCGAGCUGUGGAACCAGGGCGCCGGGCUGCUCGCCGCCUGCUUCAUCGCCAUCGUGCCCGGGUACAUCUCCCGCUCCGUGGCCGGCUCCUUCGACAACGAGGGCAUCGCCAUCUUUGCCCUGCAGUUCACCUACUACCUUUGGGUGAAGUCUGUGAAGACCGGCUCCGUGUUCUGGGCCAUAGGCUGCUGUCUCUCCUACUUCUACAUGGUGUCGGCAUGGGGAGGCUAUGUGUUCAUCAUUAACCUCAUCCCCCUGCAUGUGUUUGCCCUGCUGCUCAUGCAGCGAUACAGCAGACGGCUCUACAUCGCCUACAGCACCUUCUACAUCGUGGGCCUGGUGCUGUCCAUGCAGAUCCCCUUCGUGGGCUUCCAGCCAAUCAGGACGAGCGAGCACAUGGCUGCAGCAGGUGUGUUUGCAUUGCUACAGGCCUAUGCCUUCCUGCAGUACCUGAAAGACCGCCUGACGCGUCAGGAGUUCCAGACGCUGUUCUUCCUGGGGGUGUCGCUGGCCGCUGGGGCCGUCUUCCUCACGGUCAUCUACCUGACCUACACAGGUUACAUCGCCCCCUGGAGUGGAAGGUUCUACUCUCUAUGGGACACCGGGUACGCCAAAAUCCACAUCCCCAUCAUCGCCUCUGUGUCGGAGCACCAGCCCACCACCUGGGUGUCCUUCUUCUUCGACCUGCACAUCCUGGUGUGCACCUUCCCCGCCGGCCUGUGGUUCUGCAUCAAGAACAUCAACGACGAGCGCGUCUUCGUGGCACUGUACGCCAUCAGCGCGGUGUACUUUGCGGGCGUGAUGGUGCGCCUGAUGCUGACGCUCACGCCGGUGGUGUGCAUGCUGUCGGCCAUCGCCUUCUCCAGCGUCUUCGAGCACUACCUGGGCGACGACAGCAAGCGCGAGAGCCCGCCCGCCGAGGACAGCAGCGACGAGGACGACCGCAAGAGCUCGGGGAACCUCUACGACAAGGCUGGUAAGGUGCGUAAGCAUGUUUCGGAGCAGGAGAAGGCCGAGGAGGGCCUGGGCCCCAACAUCAAGAGCAUCGUGACCAUGCUGAUGCUAAUGCUGCUCAUGAUGUUCGCCGUGCACUGCACCUGGGUCACCAGCAACGCCUACUCCAGCCCCAGUGUUGUACUGGCAUCAUAUAACCACGACGGAUCUCGGAACAUUCUGGAUGACUUCAGGGAGGCGUACUACUGGCUCCGGCAGAACACCGACGAGCACGCCAGAGUGAUGUCCUGGUGGGAUUACGGUUACCAGAUCGCAGGCAUGGCCAAUCGAACGACGCUAGUGGACAACAACACGUGGAACAACAGCCAUAUAGCACUGGUUGGCAAGGCCAUGUCGUCUAAUGAGAGCGCGGCGUACGAGAUCAUGAAGUCCCUGGACGUGGAUUACGUCCUCAUCAUUUUCGGCGGCGUUAUUGGCUACUCCGGCGAUGACAUCAACAAGUUCCUGUGGAUGGUGCGCAUCGCGGAGGGAGAGCACCCCAAGGACAUCCGGGAGAGCGACUACUUCACGCCACAAGGAGAGUUCCGCGUGGAUAAAGCCGGAUCCCCCACACUGCUCAACUGCCUCAUGUACAAGAUGUCCUACUACCGCUUCGGAGAGAUGCAGCUGGACUUCCGCACGCCGCCGGGCUUCGACCGCACGCGGAACGCCGAGAUCGGCAACAAGGACAUCCGUCUGAAGCACCUGGAGGAGGCGUUCACCUCGGAGCACUGGCUGGUGCGCAUCUACCGCGUCAAGAAGCCCGAGAACCGGCAGGGCCUGGACCACAAGCCCCGCAACCUCAGCCAGAAACAGAAGUACAUCUCCAAAAAGACAUCCAAGAAGAAGAGGGGUUACGUAAAGAACAAACUUGUGAUGAAAAGAGGCAAGCGAGCGAACAGAAGGUCAGUUUAACUGACAUCAGAAGGGACAGAAAAAGACGCAAAUCUCAAAGGACAACUUAAAAAAAAAAAAGAGACAAUGAAAAUGCAGAAAGCUAAGUAAUCCACCAAUCAAGACGAGGAAGAGAGACGAGAAGCCGGUUGUCUGGGGAGUUGCCAAGAGGAAGUAUGCAGCGCUAGGCUGCAGUGCUGGGUUGUUAUGACAACAUGGAGCUCUGCGACCUGAAUGCCUCUGUUAUUUUUGUUUGUUUUUGGGUAUUGUUUUUUUUUUCUUGUGGGUGGGGGUUGGGGAGGGUGGAGUUGUUUUGAAGAGGGUGGGUGUGGGAUGGAGGAUGGAGGAUGAGGGAGACAGAGAGAGGAGCAAAGCUAAGCCAGAGCGAGUUUGCAGCCCAUUCUUUUUUCUUUUUUUUUUUAAUUGUGACCACCACCACCACCACCGUCUUUGUCGCCAUCUCUUCCACUCGUCUUCUGUUCCUCCUGUGUAGUGUGUGUCCCUGUUCUCUGUCUGCUUUUUGUACUUGAAUGUUUUGGUAGUACAGGGCAUGUGGUCUUCUCAUAACCCCCUCCCACCUCCACCACCACCACCACCAUACCACCACCACCACCACCACCACCACCAUGCCAUCUCAGCACAUCAUCCCACUGAUAUGAAUCAUACAGCCGUUUUAGAUGACAAUGCCAUGUUCGAUGAAAACCCCAGUCGUGUGGCGCCUAGAGAUUGUGGCACCAAAGACAGUUUGUAGCUCAGGGCGAGAGUGAUU